UCACUCGUGUGAAUAAGGGCUUCGAAUUCUUAUUUUCGUACAUUUCUACAUAUUCAAAACUUAAUAGUAGUAUUUAGACAAAGCAGUAUGUUCUGUUCUAAAUUUUGUAAUAAGGAAAAGACUAUUAUCGUAAAUGUAGCAUAAUAUACUUAUUUUAACCCUUUAUUUUAAUCUAAGGGUAACAGAUCGAAGUUCACAAGGUCAAGAAUCACCUAUCCAAUUUAAGAAGAACAACUUUGAGGAAUCUUGUGCCUAGACAAAUUCACUUUUAUUGGCAAACUUCACGUCAGAGAUAUGAAUCUUACGGACGUUUAUACUUGUGACAAUUUCAACAAAUACGCCAUGGGACGUCGGAAACUAGACGAUGAAUUGUUCGCGACGGACAAACCGCCACCCAGGCUCGGAGUGUACGACCUCGAUGAGGAAAACUUAUGCCAUGAAGUCAUAACAACAACAUGCAACAUCCCCGGGUGUACCUUCGCCGCGGAGUCCUUACUAGACUUCGAGAACCACUACAAUGCGUCACACAGAUACGCAUGCAGCCAGUGUAAGAAAGUGCUGCCGUCACCACAUCUAUUGGACUUGCAUAUACAAGAGUCACACGACUCGUUCUUCGCUGUAAUGGCCGAAAAAAAGCCUUCAUAUUGUUGCUACAUAGAAGAAUGCAAAGAGAAAUUCAAGACUGCCGAAGAAAGAUUAGACCACUGUGUAAAAGUACACAAACUUCCAAAGAAUUUCAGAUUCGAACAAAAAGCUAAAACUGUUAGGAAACCAAAAAGUGGCAACACUAAAAAUGUAGGAAAUAAUGAAUCAAUGGAUGUAGAUAGACCUUCACAAUUCUCAUUUACAAAUAACAAGAAAAAAGCAUUUGCAUCUUACACAGGGAGAAAGUUUACAAAAACUAAAAAGGAGACACCAUCGCGAGAUGUAGAUAUGGAUGGGAUUGUUGAAGAAUUGAAAAAAACCUUGCCAGAUUAAAAAAAAAUAUUCUUUAUCUAUAGCACAGAUAAUAUAAUACUAUGCUAGUAUCUAUAGUAAUUAUUAUUAUUCCACCAAGAUCAUAUUAUAUUAUUAAUGAAUAAUAGAUAACAAAUGCCGCCAUGUCUUGGCAGUGACCUGGUGAUAAAUAUAUUACCUACACUAUUUACAGAUAUCCAGCUCAUUUUUAUUAUUCUGUUAUAAUUUACACUAUUACGUUAUAAGAGUGAUUUUAUUUUGAAAGAUUAUGUAUAAUCACAAUGCUCACCCUCAAAGUACUAGUCAAAGAAAAUAGCAAAUUAUACAUAUUAAGAUCAUUCCAAAAUCCAUUGUUAUAAAAAAAAAAUCUAAUAAAUGG